AUGGUUUUACAAUCGCCUCAGCUUGAACAAGCUGAACUAUACUCUAAAACUCCACAUGCAGAGCGCAACUGCUCUAUAGACUCUAUCCUCAACAAUUCUUCUGACAGCUUCAACAUCCCUUCGCCUCCGCUAUCGCCGCUGGCUGCGUCCGUGCCCACCCGCCACAGGAGGAACCUGUCGAUCGACAGCCUGGACUUGAACCAGCCACAGGGCAUCCAGACUAUAGACCUCGACUCGCAGGACGCUAAGAAGCUCAGAGACGACAUCUACGAGUACUUGACGCAGUACAGGAUGAUGGAGGGCUUGAAGAAGAGGUGGGAGGCGCCCAGCCCAGCUGCGUACCGCCACUACCACUACAAUAGCGGUCUCGAGGCGUCACCGCAGAGACCAGUAAGGAGAACGAGGGAGAUGUCCCCACCAAGGUCAUACGCAGUGCCCGUGUACAACACCAGAGUCGGCCCACAGCCCCAAGGUGUUUCCCUAGGGAACAACAACUUCUUCUACAACACUAGAUACCACCACUACACCCAGCUGCCACCAAUUUCCCAGAUCACAGGCCAGUCUGUAUUGGCUAAGCCUAAGAGCGUGACAAAGCGCCACUUCGCCAGUCCCCCAAACUCGCCACCUAAGAAGAGGAAGACAGAAAGAUCGCCCACAAGCUCGCAGUUCCAGCAACACCACAACCCAAACCCAAACAUUGUUUCCAUAAAGGCCGUUGCUAGUGUGCCACAGUACGUUCCGGGCAUUUCCUGGGAGCAACUGCCAGACUACUCCCCACCACUAUCUACUUUGCCCGACAACAAGUUAUGUCUACGCAUAGAAUGGAAGGGCAACCCAAUGGACCUGUCGGUUGACCCACUAAGAUCGAAACUGCAUCCAGCAGAGAUCGUGCUCGCAUCCAUCCUAAGAUUGCCUUGCGACUUAUACUUGGACUCAAAGAAGAGAUUGUUCUUGGAAAAAGUCUACAAGUUGAAGAAAGGCAUGCCAUUCAGAAAGACAGACGCACAGAAGGCAUGCAAGAUAGACGUCAACAAGGCAUCGAGGCUGUUUACAGCAUUCGAAAAAGUAGGCUGGCUGGAAGAUCACCAUUUCCAAAAGUACCUGAACGAUAUCCAAUUAUAA